CAGCCAUAGAGGCAAAACUAGCCAAGUUAUUAAGCGGUGUCGAUUAACAAUAAUGAAUUGAUUUGUCUGUAGACACGCUCGAGUGCUCGACGCGCAGCGGUCAAAUUCAUGGCACUCAUGUAUUUACUGACGUGAAUGUGCAUCUGAUGAAAUUAUCUAUUUUAUUAGGUUUUAAAUAGAUACUGUAGUGCUAUAUAUGUUUAAAAUUUUGAUCAUGAGCAGAGGAAACGAAGAAAAUAAGGAAACCAGAGUCAUCGAUAACGGUGGCGGCAAAUUAAAUAAUCAAGAAGAUAAAACAGCGCCGGAUUCUAGACUAAAUAUUUCAAACUAUAAUUUGGAUAUAUCCAACGAGGAAGAUUUGAAGAAAUCAUGGUGUGUUACUGCGACGCCUUCAAUAUUGCAUUUUAUAACAUUAAUAAUAUUAGGUACGUCAGUAUGGGGAUUAAUGUGGUGUGCAUGGGGUGAUAACUGGAAGUUGGGAGGGCCAUGGUUUCGCUUGGCGGCAGUAGCUGUGAUUGGAUGGGCUAGCGGACAAAUGCUGCAUGAAUUGACAACCCUUCCACCACUACUUGCUGCUCUACUAACUGGCAUUAUAGCAAGACACUGGAAUAUUCUAGACAUGAGAGAAUAUUCUGACAUCGAUAUAUUCUUAAGAAAAAUAUACCCAGUUAUAAUUUUAGGCAAAGCCUCCUUAGGAUGGGACGUGAAGUACAUGAAAGAUAAUUGGAAGUUGAUAAUGUCACUGGGUAUUUUGCCUUGGGCUGCCGAGGUAUUUAUGCUGUCUGUGCUAGUCAAUCUCUUAUUGGACUUUCCUUGGUUAUGGGGCGUCCUGCUGGGUUCUAUAUAUGCGUCCGUGUCAUGUGCAGUACUGAUGCCGUCUGUAAUUAAUAACAACAAACUGGCUGGAGGCAAACGCAAUUGGACUCAACUUAUAUGCACCGCCGGUGGAAUCGAUACGGCACUAAGUGUCGGAGUUUAUGGUCUUAUCUAUAGCUUCAUGGUCUACGACACUAAUGACAUUUAUAGAUAUACAAAAGCAUUUUUAGCGAUAUUUAUGGGUAUAGCACUAGGUGUUCUAUGGGGUUCUUUAGCGGGACUAGUACCACAUUCAAGAGAUUUCUACGUCACCGAGUUGCGCAUUCUCUUCGUGUUGGUCGGUGGUCUACUUGGCAACUUUAUCACUUCUUUAAUUGGAUGGGGAGGCACAGGAGGCGUAGCAGUGCUAGCUUGCAAUGCGACUGCAGCUACGCACUGGGUCCGAGAGGGUUGGAAACUUAAUAGCAAUCCAGCAUCAACAGCUUAUCGCGUUUUAUGGUCUAUAUUUGAACCUAUUCUUUUCACCUACACGGGAACAUUUUUUGUGGUCAACACGUCUGUCUCGGAGAAGAGGCUGUUAUUAGGCUUCGGGAUCCUGGCUGUGUGCCUAAUAGUACGACUAUCAGUCACGUUUCUUGUUUGUAGGAAUUUUACGCUUAAAGAAAGAAUCUAUGUGUGUUGCACCUGGAUACCAAAAUCAAUUGUCGAGGCUGUAUUAUGCCCUUUGGCAUUAGUCACAUUGAUAUCAUCUUAUGGCCAUGACGACAAGCGACUGAAGUACGCUGAAGAUUUAAUAACACUCAUCAUACAGGCAAUUCUCAUUACCACCCCUCUUGGCUUCCUCCUUACAAAUUAUCUCGGUCCGAGACUGCUUAGAGUAUCACCACAGGACUGUGAAAAUACCGAUAAAGAGUCCUAUAAGAGGAAGUCCAGUACAUGCCAAAAUGAUUAAUUAUGAGUAAUGCAGUCAGUGCCAUAAAGACGUCUUCUCUAUGGUCUCUACUAAUAGUGUACAAUUUAUGAAGCAACCGCAUUAGAAAUUUAAAAACUAUAUCAAUUGAAGUUGUGACUAGUUAAGUGUAUAUUGUAUACAACAAA